GUUUGUUGUUUCGGGUCCGUGACGAAACGAAAAAGCCGCAUCGAAAAGCAUUGAGCGCAAACAUGGCAGGCUAAUCCAGCCGUCGACGAAACGAUCGCGGUCUUUUUUCCCUUACACCUUAGAUGUUCGCCAAUUUGUAAAUCACGCUUGCUUCCAAUCUCUUAUAAACAAAGCUUAGGUGGAUUAGGAAAGUCUGUAACUGAAUUCGUCCACAGAUGAUGCAGUUCAGCCAACCACCCCCGUCGGCGCCGAAUAUGUCGGUUCCUCCGCCACACGUGCCUACACCCUUUGGCUCCAGCAGAAUUUUUGGGAGCGGUGGCGGAGAGAAGAGCAAGUUUUACACGCCUUUCCGCAACUUCAACAAGGGCGGCGGCAUGGACUCCGAGUUUGACGGCAAACGUCUGCGCAAGAGCGUGAUGCGAAAGACGGUCGACUACAACUCGUGCGUGGUGCGGAUGCUGGAGAACCGCGUGUGGCAGCGCGAUUGGCGCGACCGCGCUGCGCUGCAGCCUGACCAAUUGUUCCUGCCAGAGAUGCUGCCGCCGGCCGCGUACCCAGACAACGCCAGCAACGCAAUCACCACGCGCUUUGUCAAGUCGGCAACCAACAAGAUGCGCUGUCCGGUUUUCUGCCUCGCCUGGACACCAGAGGGCCGCCGCCUCGUCACAGGCGCCUCCAGUGGCGAGUUUACCCUGUGGAACGGACUUACCUUCAACUUUGAAACUAUUCUCCAGGCGCACGACAGUCCUGUUCGAACAAUGGUGUGGUCGCACAACGACAUCUGGAUGGUGACAGGUGACCAUGGUGGCUAUGUCAAGUACUGGCAGAGCAACAUGAACAACGUGAAAAUGUUCCAGGCCCACAAAGAGGCGUUGCGUGGAAUAAGUUUCAGCCCAACAGAUCAAAAAUUUGCCACUUGCUCCGACGACGGAACUAUCCGCAUUUGGGACUUCCUUCGUUGUCAGGAGGAACGGAUUCUCAGAGGUCACGGUGCUGACGUGAAGUGCAUCCACUGGCACCCACACAAGGGUCUGAUCAUCUCUGGCAGCAAGGAUAACCAGCAGCCAGUAAAGCUAUGGGACCCCAAAAGCGGCCAAUCGCUGGCAACCCUACACGCGCACAAGUCGACCGUGAUGGACGUCCGAUGGAACGACAAUGGCAACUGGCUAGUCACAGCCUCUAGGGACCACUUGCUCAAACUGUUUGAUCUACGAAACCUAUCGCAAGAGGUGCAGACCUUCCGCGGGCACAAGAAGGAGGCAAGUGCUGUCGCUUGGCAUCCCGUCCAUGAAGGCCUCUUUUGCAGUGGAGGCUCGGACGGCUCCCUCCUCUUCUGGAAUGUUGGUGCGGACAAAGAGAUUGGCGCGAUAGAGCAGGCACACGACAGCAUUGUGUGGUCUCUAGCUUGGCACCCACUGGGCCACAUUCUAGUGUCCGGGUCGAACGAUCACACAAGCAAGUUCUGGACACGCAAUCGACCUGGCGACCAAAUGCGGGACAAGUACAACCUGAACACGCUGCCCGCUGGCAUGUCGGGCUAUGAUGACAAUGAAAUCGACGACAUGGCAUUGAUUCCUGGAAUGGGUCCCGACGACAAGGUGGAUGUGCCUUCAGGGACUACUUUCACGCCCUCAAGCAGCCUCGACCCUGCUGACAUUCCUGGCUUGGACUUUGACAGCGUCCAUGACAUGCACAAGCCAUUGAAGAAAGUGCCCUACGCCAAGCCUAUUCCCAAGAACUUCCAGGCGCAGUGGAAUGAGACAAAGAAUGAAGAUGAGGAAGGAAGACCGCGGCGGGGCCUGACUGAAGAGCAAGUGGUUGAAGUAAUUAGCAAGUUCAUUGAGCAGAAUCCGCCGCCAGGUUUCGUGCCCUUGAAGGAAAUUGAGCCAGAGGCCAUCAUCCUCUUUGGCCAACUAAUCAAUAUUGUUUCUGACUCACCGCUUGCCCGGGCAAUCAAAGGUGGUUCUGACGCAGUGAUGCAAUUCCUCGAGUCAGGUGGCAUGCCUGAGUUGAGCGACGAAAUACACAGUUACAGAAUAGCCGCCACCAAGUCAGACGAUGAUGACAACAAUCUUGAGCUCAGGCCUGAUGAACACGAAAGCUACCAAGGCGAUGAACAAGGCCCUGAGGUGGAUGAUUUUGAAGAGGAUAAUGACAACGAGGAGUGGUCUGAAUACGACGAAAAGGAGUCCUCUGAUAAUCCAUUUCAGCGAGCAAGCAGCUUUGGCAGCCAAGACAACUUCAACGCGCCCAACAACCCCUUCGAUGGCCCCAACUUCGGGGGCAUGCCGCCUCGCUUUCCUCCGCGCAUGGAUUUCCAGCAGGGAAACUUUCGGCCGGACUUCCCACCAAGACCUUUCGGACCCAGAGAAGGCUUUGGAGGCCCUCGAGGUCCUUUUUCAGGGCCUCCGCCAGGGCCAUUCAACUCAAAUUUCGGCCGAGGGGGCAAUUUUGGUGGACCGCCUGACAACUUCAACCGACCCCCAGGACCGUUUGGACCCAACCAAGGCAACUUCCGGCCGAUGGGCAACUUUGGCAAUAACCAAGGCGGCAAUUUCGGCAACAACCAAGGAGGCAAUUUCGGCAACAACCAAGGAAGCAAUUUCGGUAAUAACCAAGGAGGAAACUUUGGCAACAGCCAUGGGGGCAACUUUGGCGGGAACCAAGGGAACUUUGGUGGCCGGAGCCAGCAGGGCAACUUUGGAAACUUUGGGAACUUCAACCAGGGGGGAAAUAACUUUGGGAACAACCAGUUCCGCGACGACCCACGCUCCGGAUCGAGAAAUCAGUUUGGUUCGCGCGGCGGCGGUGGCGGCAGCGGUGGCCCUGACCGCAACAGAGACAGACAAGGUGAUUCAGGGGGCCGCGGCGGCUGGCGUGGAGGCCCACACCGCGGCAGAGGUGGCUGGAGAGGAGGGCCUCCCCGCAACUAGUUGUGAGUGCAGUGAGACUCCCAAGUGCAAGGACACGUCCAGUGGGUUUGUGUCGAUAGACUUCACUUUCACGAAAUGUAAGUUUUCAAUAUUAAACCUGUUCUUCGGCGAACUAUG